CUUGGGAACAGAAAGGUCGAUGUAAACACGCUCAGGCUGGGCGUAUCAAAUGUCUUUUUGGAGUUAUGACUUGGUCUGUUCGCUUUUCUCCGGUGGGGUCUGCAGCUCCCCGGUGACGGUGGGCUCCACUGGGCUCCACUGCAGCGCAGAGCACAAGCACCCCGGCUUUCUGAGUGGAAACAGCCGGCUGUAAGAGGAGCAGGUAGAUUCUCAGCGCUCUUGGCUCACAGUGUUUUGAAACGUUUUGUAAAAACAAAAGUUUUUUUUUAAGUUUGCGCGUGCGAUCUAAUCAAAACUGCCGUUGUCAAAGUAACCAAACUGCCUUCCAGCGCUUAUAGCACGCGUUCAGGUUUAUCCAGAAAACAUGAACAAAGCGUUAAAAAAGUUCUGCUUCACACUGCCGCUGUUGAGGUAACAGAUCAGCGCUCGAGCAAAACGUUUUACUUUCUUAUAAAACAUAAACACGAGUGGUCACUCUGAAAUGUUCUGCGACGCUCAUCAUCCACAAUGUCGCUGUAAUGCCGUUACUGGACAGAAGAGGGCGCAGCUGCAUGACGCAUGCAGUGAGGAGUAAGAGAGCCGGAGCAGGAGAGCAGCGCUGGACUGACGGAUCCAUAUACAGAGGAGAGUUUGUGGACGAUUUGAAACAGGGAGGUGGGGUCUUCACCUGGGCCAACGGAGAGACAUAUGAAGGCUCCUUCUACAAGGACUACCGCCAUGGGAGUGGGACAUACUCCUGGCCGGAUGGGUCGCGAUUCACUGGCAAGUUUUAUCUGAAUCGUAAAGAAGGAUAUGGGGUCCAUGUGUUCCCAGAUGGAACUACCUUUGAGGGUCUGUACCAUGCUGAUGAACGCUUUGGGCCUGGAGUGGUCACGUAUGUAGAUGGACGGCAGGAUGUGGGUGUGUGGUACAGACAGUGGCUGCUGCGUCUCUGCACCAGAGUAGAUGGAGCCUUCACACUAAAGGAUGUCCCGGGUUACGCGGCCCGACUCCCAAAACAAGAAUGUCUGACCCAGACCCAAGCUGAGGGACUCACCCACCCUUCCCUAAUUACAAGCCCAGGUACAGAAAACAAGCAAGUCUACUCAAUCGAUACAUCUCUGCUUGAUGACCCUUCACUGCUGGAGGACGAGUGGUUCAUCCUGCCACCAGACAUCCACAGCUACUCCACCGACUCGGACCACCUGCCCAUAACCCGCCACUUGAGGCAAGAACUGGACCUGCACUUCUUUGGCAGGAGCGAUGUCAUCACACCAUCAUUCUCUGACGAGCUGCCCUUGCAGCUGCGAAUAGAGGCCCAUGUCCACACACACAGAUUUGAGGCUGAAGGGCUGCGCUGGGACGUUGCUGCUGUCCUGGCUAUGAACAGGGAGCCAUUUGGGCCUAAGGGACCCUUGGAGCUCAGCUCAGAAAGACUCAUCGGAGAGGCAUCCUUUGGUGACCCCUCAGCUGUGCACAACAUCCUGCGAGGUGGAAACGUCCACCCUGAUGUCGGUGAUGCAGGAGGGUUCACUGCCCUCAUUGCUGCUACGGUGAACUGUCACGAUGAUGUGAUCCACUUGCUGCUGGACAGUGGCGCUGAUGUGAAUAAGCUGAAUGCUGAAGGCAUGUCCGCUCUGGCUGUGUGCGCUGUCCUCUACUACCCGUUCCAGUCUCUACAAAAGACGGUGGCUGAGAGGGUAUCUCAGAAAGAGACCGCAAAUCCAGAGAUAAGAGCCCCUUCAGGCAUUACUAACAGCCUUCAAGAGGAGUCUGCUGACCCCCUGAGAGAAAGGCCUGGACACAAGAGUGACAGAAAAAUGCUCACAGGCAGCCAAAGUGACCGGGCAGAGUGUGAUGAUCCUUCAGCCAAGGGUUUCAGCAGUGCUGAGGAGCCAAAAGCUCCAGAAAACACUGAGUGCACUGAAAGUCCCCAAAGAGCAGAGAGGGUUCUUCAGAGGGCUGAAGCUCAGACAGUAGAGGCUGAACUCUCAGAGAAGGCCCAGCAGACACAGGUGAGGUCUAUCCAGGUGCUAGAUGGGAAAAUCCCAGUGGGUGCUGUUCCUUGGAACCAAAGGGAGGAUGAGGGUGCAGGCAGCUUUUCUGGACAGCAAGAUCUGGAUCCGAAGGCAGAGGAGAAAAACUGGACAAACGGAAGCUCAGUGGAGGAUCCCACCUUUGACUCAGCUCAUUCCAUGGCUAGCUUUGGUGUGAACGUCACAGAGGACAUUAUGCAUCAGAUGGCAGAGGUCCUGUGCCAAGGAGGCCACGUAAAGCCUGCAAACACCCCGGAAACUGUCCGCAAGAUGGCACUCAUGAAGACUGAACAUCAGGUCCGCUGGUCCACUCUAAAGCUGCUCCUGGACAGAGGGGCGGACCCCAACGCCUCCAGCGUCCCCAUGCCUGUCAUCUUCCUGACCAUUAAAGCAGGUCACGUUGAGGCCGUGCGGCGGCUGCUGGAGUGCGGCGCUUGCACAGACUUGCCCUUACCCGCAGAGCUAAAGGGCCUGUACCCACUGCAUGUAGCAGCCGGUCUGCUGGGCCCAGAUGGGCCUAAGAUCACAGAACUGCUCCUGCAUGCUGCUGCGGACCCUGAUGUCAAAGCGCAAGAUGCCAGUGAAGUGUACGAACUGGACAAGGUCAGAGCCAUAACAAAACCUGCUAAUAGAUACGACUGUGAGAGUACAGCAGAUCCUCAGGCGGGUUCUGGGACCAGGUCCUGCCUGGAUUCCAGACCCCCACCCUACACCUACACAACCACUGCAGAGACCCCAGAGGAAGGGGGAAGGACUGCGCUUCACGUGGCCUGUCAGAGAGACAGUGAUUACACAAAUGCCAGAGAUGUGGUCUCCAUCCUUCUCUCCCACAAAGCGAGCACCAGCCAUCUGUGGAGCGGCCAUUCUCCCCUCUCGCUGGCUAUCGCCAGCGGCAACGACCUUGCCGUUGAUGAGCUUCUGGCCAGUGGAGCCGACCCUAAUCUGCCCCUCUCCCACGGUGUAGGCAGUGCUCUGUGCGCCGCCGCCAACUUCAACUAUGACUUUGGACCUCUGUCCGGCAGCAGAAUCAAACUGGUUGAGAAGCUGAUAAAGGCUGGUGCCAACAUCCUGAUGCCCGUGGAGGUUGGUGAGGGCCGCAGAAGCGGGCUUGGAACAGCAGUGGAUUACACCCAUCAUGCUUUUAAUCAGGUACAGCAGUUCUUGCACAAUGUAUACCACUCCCUAAACCAGCGUGAGAGAGAGGCCUACAAUGCCCGCCGCCAGCUGCUCAGCACCAUGGCCAACCUGCUGAGGCAGGCAGCCGUCGGCAUGGAGAAACAGCGUUCAGAAGCAGAGCAGAGCCAGGGCAUACACAGUGUUAGUCCUGCAGACAAGUUUGUGUUUACUGGAGCAGGAGCAACUCCUCCUGGAAUCAGAGCAAGAGUGCAUCUCACUGCAGAACAGCAUGGAACAACCCCAAAUGAUCAGAGAUCAGGGAGUAAAGACAAGACUGAGACUUCAUCUGUGAGGAAACCUCUGUUUAAGUACUGCUACCAGUGUGGCCGCUCGGCGUGGGUGGUCUUGAAGGCCUGUAGCCGCUGCCACGAGGUGUUUUACUGCAGUAAGACGUGCAAGAUGAAGGCCUGGAACGAGCGGCAUAAGGAAGAGUGCAUCCGUGUGCCAGGCCCUCGAAGUGCUGAGGGCAGGUAUUCCUCCGGUGAACGGCGACGCACUCUUUCAGGAAAGAGCUCUAGACGAGGCCAAGAUCAUCAUCCCAGACCGGAUAAACCAGACUCAAUCAAGACAACACCACACAGCCACCAGCAUGACCCCAAAGAAAAUUACAGCUUUAUUUGAGAUGUGAUACAAAGACUAUGUAGGUGAGAGAAAGACAUUUCAUACAGAGUCCCAUUAAACGUCAGCACGUCUGUAAAUACAGGGCAGUGGGCAAACUUUUGUGUUAUGGAUUUAUACGAUUUUUAAAAUAAAGCACGGUGAUGAUACAGAACCUGAUGACUUUUACACUGUCGAUCUUUGUAUGACAGUUACAUUCAGUGCGCACCAAAAAGUUGUAAAAGUCUAUUGGCAAGCCUACAAGAAUAUGUCAACAGUGUGCCACAGUCAGGUUGAUUUUUUUCCAGAAAGCAGUACAGUGAAGGCAUCAUUCAUCAAAAAUGAUUCUGGACAGUGGUGCAGCGAAUGAUGCUAGGCAAUGCAGCUUAGCUUGUAAAAAAAAAAAUGCAAAACAAAAACAGU